UUUCACGAUAAAUUGGCCAUUAUGAUGGCAGAAAAUCUGUGGAAAGAGCAUGAAGAAGAGUAUGAGUAUGGUCUCGGAGAUGAUGACACUGAUGACGUGACGUCCAAUCAGAAACCGACCGUUGUUUUAAUGGGCUUGAAAAGAAGCGGCAAAACGUCGAUCCGUAAGGUGGUGUUCAAUAAGAUGUCUCCGAAUGAAACACUUUUCGUUGAGAGUACACCGCGAGUCACAACCGAAACCGUCACGAGUUCGUUCAUUAAUUUUGAAACGAUUGAAUUUCCGGGGCAAAUGAGUCCCUUCGAUGCGGCAAUGGAUCCACAUGGAACGUUCAAUCGUUGUGGUGCGUUGCUGUUCGUCAUUGACGCUCAGGAUGAUUAUACAGAAGCUCUGAAACGAAUGUGUGAAUACUUCAAACGUGCAUAUGCAAUCAAUCCAAAUAUCAAAUUUGAGGUGUUUAUUCAUAAGGUGGAUGGCUUAAAUGAAGAGAUAAAACUAGAAACCCAACGAGAUAUAUUCCAACGAGUGCAAGACGAUAUGACUGACGAAAAUCUAGAUCAACUUCAUAUAACUAAGGUUGUUCAGAAGCUGAUCAGACAGCUCUCAACACUCGAACGACUGCUGGACAUUUUCAACCAGGGUUCAAAUGUUGAGAAGGCAUUCCUGUUUGAUGUAGCCAGUAAGAUUUAUGUGGCCACCGAUUCGGCGCCAGUUGAUAUGGCUACGUACGAGUUAUGCUGUGAUAUGAUCGAUGUCACCAUUGAUAUUUCGGCGAUUUACGGGUGUAAGGACGAUAGUGCAGUAAAUGCAGCAUUUGACUCACAAUCACAAGCAGUCAUCCAUUUGAAAACGGAUCAGGUUCUAUUCCUUCGUCAGGUGAACAUGUUCUUGGCGUUGGUUUGCAUAAUCCGUGCGGAGAAUUUCGAGAAACAAGGCCUUAUCGACUACAAUUUUCACUGUUUUAAAGAUGUAAGUUGUUUCAUCUUUUUAUGUGGAACUCGGAUUAUUCACUUUUGCUUAUUUGAAUGA